UCGGUCUCGCAGAAUUGAUUAUAUAAAUACUGUACAGAUAGAGUGAUACGGAUCAUAUGUAGAGAAAGAGAGAGAGAAGACAAUGGCGACUCUGAAAGUUCCUCCAUCAGUUCCAUCUCCGGCCGAGGACUCCGAGCAACUGAGAAAAGCCUUUGCAGGAUGGGGAACAAAUGAGGCUUUGAUUAUUCAAAUUUUGGCUCACAGGAAUUCAGCCCAACGCAACUUAAUUCGGAAAACUUAUGCCAACACUUAUGGAGAAGAUCUCUUGAAAGAACUGGACAAAGAACUUUCAAGUGACUUUGAGAGAAUAGUACUGCUAUGGACACUGGAUCAUGCUGAGCGUGAUGCAUUCUUGGCUAAUGAAGCUACAAAGAGGUUUACUGCAAGCAACUGGGUGCUCAUGGAAAUUGCGUGUAGUAGAUCUUCACAUGACCUGUUUAUGGUGAGGCAGGCAUACCAUGCUCGUUAUAAAAGAUCCCUUGAAGAAGAUGUUGCAUAUCACACAACUGGGGACUACCGUAAGCUUUUGGUGCCACUUGUGACUUCAUUCCGGUACGAGGGAGAUGAGGUGAACAUGACAUUGGCAAAAUCAGAGGCCAAGAUACUUAAUGAGAAGAUGUCUGGGAAGGCUUAUAAUGAUGAGGAGGUUAUCAGGAUUCUGAGUACACGGAGUAAAGCACAGCUCAAUGCAACACUUAACCACUAUAACAAUCAAUUUGGAAAUGCUAUCAACAAGGAUCUGAAGACCGAUCCCAAGGAUGAGUUCCUCGCUCUACUUAGAGCAACAAUAAAGUGCUUGACUUGCCCUGAGAAAUACUUUGAGAAACUUCUUCGAUUGGCUAUCAACAAGCUAGGGACAGAUGAAUGGGCUCUCACUAGAGUUGUUGCAACUCGUGCUGAGGUUGACAUGCAGCGCAUUAAGGAUGAAUAUCAUCGGAGGAACAGUGUCCCUCUGGAUCGUGCAAUUGCUGGAGACACUUCUGGAGACUACGAGAAAAUGCUUCUGGCUUUGAUAGGGCAUGGGGAUGCCUAAGCAAACUUUCCUGGUUCUAGAAGAGCUACUUUCUGUGUGUGAAUGCGGUUUGUUAAUUCUGCCAAAGGGUUUGUUUUGCUUGAAUUCAUGUCAUAUCCUGAGUCUUUUUUGUCUACUUUUGUAUCUUGUGUUUGAGUGAUUUGCUACUGGUUUCUCUUCCCCAUGAUACAAUUAUGCUUGAUCCAAAUGGGGGUAGGGUCCAAUAAAUUUAUGAUGGCCAUCAGUUGUUGAGCAACCCAUGGUCGUCAAUGUCAUGCAUCUUUCUUUCUGCUUAUUUCCAUCA